AUGCUGCCAGUAGUCGGGCUGGUCUCUUUGAUCAGAGAGCAAGAGCGACGAUUUACCCUAGAGACGCUCGCAGUCACCUUUAUUCUCGCGCCACUCAUCUACAUUCUCGUCAACGAGGUUAUCCGGUACAAUGCACGCAUAGGGGGGAUGAAGGGGCCGAAAGGCCUGCCGGUCAUAGGCAAUCUCUGGGACAUUAGAGUGAAUGCGGCGGAAAAGUACCGCGAAUGGGCUCGCAAGUUUGGCGACGUUUACCAAAUCCAGCUGGGCAAUAUACCAGUCGUUGUGGUGAACUCUGCGGCGGCCGGGAGGUCUAUUUUCGGCCAAAAUGCGCAAGCAAUGAGCUCACGGCCUGAAUUUUACACGUUUCACAAGGUUCUUUCCGACACGGCGGGAACUACCAUUGGGACAUCGCCAUACAGCGAGUCGCUGAAGCGUCGACGCAAAGGCGCCGCCUCGGCGCUGAACAAGCCCUCGAUCCAGAUGUACAUAUCGCAUCUUGACAUCGAGUCCCGGGACUUCGUGAGGGAGCUGUACGAAUACGGCGAGGCUGGCAAGACGCCGACAGACCCCAUGCCCAUGAUCCAGCGCCUGUCCCUAUCCCUCGCCCUGACGCUCAACUGGGGCAUCCGUCUCAAGAGCCAAAAGGACAAUCUGUUUGACGAAAUCACGCAUGUCGAGGAGGAGAUUAGCAGGUUCCGGUCGACGACGGGAAAUCUCCAGGACUUCAUCCCGCUCCUGCGGCUGAACCCCAUCAACAUGCACUCGUCCAAAGCCAAGGAGAUGCGUAGCCGGCGUGAUGUCUACCUGACCAACCUCAACAACGGCCUGGACGAGCGCAUCGCCAACGGAACUUACAAGCCUUGCAUCCAGGCCAAUGUCAUUCUCGACGAGGACGCCAAGCUCAACAAGGAGGAGCUCACCUCCAUCAGUCUGACCAUGUUGUCGGGAGGUCUGGACACGGUCACAACCCAAGUGGCCUGGUUUGUGGCCUUUUUGUCACAAAGCCCCGAGAUUCAAGACAAGGCGGUGUCGGAAAUUCGAAAGUUUUACGACGAAGACAACCCCAUGUGUGACGAAAACGACGACCAAAAGUGCCCCUACGUCGUCGCCUUGGUGAAGGAGUCGCUGCGGUAUUUUACGGUUCUCAGACUGGCACUGCCGCGCGCAUCGACAAAGGCCGUUUCGUACGCUGGGCUCACCAUCCCAAAGGGAUCCAUUGUAUUUCUCAAUGCUUGGGCUUGCAACAUGGACAACAACGUGUGGCACGAUCCAGAAGUGUUCCGCCCCGAGCGGUGGUUUGAGCAGCCCGACGCGCCUCUGUUUACCUACGGAAUUGGAUACCGGAUGUGUGCCGGGUCUCUGUUGGCAAACCGGGAGUUGUACCUGGUGUACAUGAGACUGCUCAACAGUUUCCGCGUCGAGAAAUACGACACGGUGGACUGCCACCCCGUCACCGGAAACUCGGAUCCGACGAGUCUGGUGGCGCUGCCGCAUCGGUAUCGGGCAAGGUUUGUCCCUCGUCACCCUGCGGCCUUGAAAAGGGCCGUGGAAGAGACAAAGGCCAUGGGCAGCAUGGAUGAAGUUGUUUCAGCGUGA